UUUAGAUCGAAUACUCAUCCGGGUGCUGCCUGUUGCUGAGUGGAAGACAGCGGAAAACCUGGGAUUCAAACCUCUAUUGGGUUUUUGUUUUACUUGUUUUGUUUUCUUUUGUUUUGCCUUAAGAAGAUGAACAAUGAAACCACAACCCUGAUAUCCUUGAAGGAGGCCAUGAAAAGAGUAGACCACAAACUCAAAGCUUUAGAAGCACAGUUUAAAGAAUUGGACUUCACCAAAGAUAAUCUGACACAGAAAUUUGAACUUCAUAGCAAGACAUUGGCAAGCCAAGCAGCCCAAGAUGAGCUGUGGACAGCAGUUCUGGCACUCAAGUUCACCUCAAUGGAAUUGAAUAUUUUAUACAGCUACGUCAUUGAAGUACUCAUCUGCUUGCACACUCAGGUGCUUGAGAAGCUUCCAGACCUGGUGAGAGGUCUUCCCACCUUAGCCUCUGUCCUUAGACGAAAAGUGAAGAACAAGUGCAUUAGAGUUGCAUGGGAGUCUGUCCUAGAUGAGUGUGGGCUGCAAGAAGGCGAUAUCACAGCACUUUGUACCUUCUUUAUUGCGCAUGGUAACAAGGCAGAACACUACAGUGCUAAAGUGAGGCAGAUGUACAUCAGGGAUGUCACUUUCAUGAUCACCAACAUGAUAAAGAACCAGGGUCUGCAGGAUGGUUUGCUGAGGGCUAUUCAGGUCAUUGAGAAGGGGAAAGCAGUGGGGGCCCCUGAAGAGCAAAAGCCAUCCCUAAAAGAGUUGAUGCCAUCAGUCAAAAACUAACCUGUUACCCUAUGACCUAGUGAUUCCACUUUCAGUAAUUUAUCUUGAAAAUGGGAAAAAAUAUGUAUAUACAAUUUUGUUAUGGGCUUAUUUUUAUAGCAAAAGUGAGGGCAGUGUUAGAGAAGUUAUGAUAAAUGGAUAAAGUGGAUACUUUUUGUGUAGCAUAUAAGAGUGUGAAGAUGCUCUUUGUGUUAUUGUAUAAUGAUAUGGAGUUAUCACUAAGAUGUGUUGUUUUAAAAUAUUUAUUUCCAAUAUAUAUUGUUAAGUGGAAAAAAGGACAAAAACAAAUACAAAUAUACACACAUUUAAGCUAAUAUAUCCAUAACUUUAUAAACUUCUAGAGAGAUACAUAAGAAAGUGAUAACAUUGAUUGUUUUAGGGAAGAAAACUAAGAGGCUAGACAGUGAAAGAUAGGAGGAAAUCUUUUCACUGUUAAUCCAUCUUGUACAUUUUGAAUUUUGAAUCUGUGAAUGUAUUAUCUAUUAAAAGACAAAACAAUUAAAAAUACCUAAUAUAUAUUGUAUGUUGAUGUACAUUUUCUCUCUAGUACAGUACCACAGGUAUUUAUACUAGAAUAGGAAUUUGCACAUAUUGACCAUACAUUUAUGGUAUUUAUUGAACACCAAAUGCCAUGUGUUAGGUGCUGUGAAUAACAGAAACAUUAAAAAAUGUGGAUCCUGUCCUCCAGGUAAAGUGUAAGUGCUGAUGCUUUAUUUAGAGGUACAAAUUCAGGACAGCCAGAAUGAGGCAACACUCUGGAAGGAUGUUAGGUAGAGAAGGAUAAAAAAUAAUACAAGUUGAUAUGUAAUCUUGUUGGCCCCUCCUUGAAAAUGAGCCACGAGAGACACGGAAGUUGCUUGGCAGAUACAUCCACUCAGUCUGAUCCUUCUCCAGGGACACUGUUUGGAGAAGCCAUGCCUUGGAAGGAAGAAGGAAAGGGAAUUUCUCUGUCAUGCUCACUCAGUCCACUGUUUUCAAUUGGCCAAAGUUUGCUCCGUUGGGAAUAACACCUUAUAUUUACAGAAUGCAUCAUUUAAGCCUUCCCAGCAACCAUUGGAAAGUCAGAGCCUACUUUGUUCAGUGCAGUGUUUCACAGGAGUCCAAAAGUGGUAGGAGAAGCCAGCGAUUCCAGGCAUGCAACUGGUCAGCCUCAGGCAGACCAAGGGAUGGUAGGUCCAGAAAGUAAACAAGGCCAAUGAGGAAGCAUAUACAUUAAUACCUUGAUUUGCAACCAUAAUUUGUUCUGGAAUCAAACUACUUGUAUUACAAGACAUCACUCAUUUACCAAGUUAAAAAUGUAUUAUUAGAUGUAUUAGAUGAAUACAUUAAAUGUAUUCUGCCAAGUAAUGGCAGAAACCGCUAUUACUUUUGCACAAACCUAAUAGAAAUGUUUGCUCGUGUUGCAGAACACUUGCAAACCAAGCUACUCGCAAUCCAAGGUUUUACUGUACUCAUAAAAUGUAUCCAUUACAGAAGACAUAAGUACCUUAAAAUAGAAAUCAAAAUGCAAGAGUUAAAUAAUAAGACCACAAUAAAAAUGACUAUCACUAGGAGGUAUACAAUUGGAUGAGUUCAGAGGAGAGGUAUUGUUGCUGUUGCAAGGCCUGUCUGUUUGACGUAUCAAAUAUUUAAUAUCCAGUAGAUCAGAGUUUGGAAUAAGGAAAAGCUUUAUUUAUUGAAAUGGCACCAUAAUGAGAAGAUAGAAGAUUUCUAUUGAGUUGUCACAAAAGUCAUGGUGCAUUUUUGCAACGAAAAACAUAGAAAAAAUACAUCAUAACUUUUCCGACAACCCAAUAGCUUUGUCAAAUUCAUCUUAAGACAAAGCAAAUCAAGAUAUGGUGAAACAAAAGGAUCAAGACAAAUGAGAUCUAAUACUAGUGACAGUUUAAUGUCUACUGUGUUUUAUACAGUAUCUUUUUGUUCACUUUGGAAAUUUUUACUAAAAAUUGCAAAAAUAUAAAGUAUUGUGUAAAGAUGUAACGUUUUUUGAAACUUGAAAUGCAUUCAUAAAUAGGCUCGAUGAAAUAAAUUUUUACAAAUCCA